UUAUUCAUAUCUUAUCGUGAGACCCAGCACUUUAAACACAAGAAAUCACGCACCACAAGUUUUUAUUUUUCGACGAAUACAAACGUUUUCAAUUUUAAUCAUUCCUUAGCUCAAAAUGGAGAUUACCAACGAACUACUGAGCAAGAUUCUAAGCGGAGAUUCAAAAUCCAAAGUUGCCAUUCUGGACUGGCACAUCGAAGAUAACAUAGCUCCAGGAAACAAUCACUUAUCGAUGCUCUCUCGUUUGAUGGUCGAAUACCAAAGAAAAGGUAAAAUUUUCAAGAAAUCGUUUAUUCUUAAAAUACCCUCGACUCAUCCUGCGUACAAUUUCGGAAUCAAAUUCAGACUGUACGAGAAAGAAUACCCUAUGUACACCGAAGUGCUCGAAGAAAUGUAUAAAAUCGAUGGCGAACACAUAGGCCCCAGAUUAUACUACACCGAUGAUAAAUACUCGUUGAUGAUGAAAGAUCUCUCUUUAUCCGGGUACAAAACUGCAGACCGCACCAAGCAGCUGGAUUUCGACCAUUGUUAUUUGGUUUUAAAGAAAUUAGCAAAAUUUCACGGUCUAUCGGUAAAGCUAAAUCAGUGUUCAAAAAUAACCCCAUCCAUUAAAGGAAAGCUAUGGAUAGACGGUAUUGAAUUGGACGAACGAGAUAAAGAAUUUCAUAGGAAUAGUUGUGAACAACUGGCAAAAAUUGCACAUCCCAAAUUCGGUCUUAAUGAAAAAUUACACCAAAUCAAAGCCGAUAUAUGCGACAUGUUACGUCAAGAAUUAACUUCAGAUCGAUUUACGUUUAAUGUUUUGAAUCAUGGAGAUUUAUGGCUGGGAAACACGUUAUUCAAAUACGACAAGUAUGGUGAUGUGAUGAAAGUAAAGUUUAUCGAUUUCCAGUUCUCGUCUUGGACAUCUCCGGUAUUCGAUAUAUUGGGUUUUACUAUCUGUAGUAUGCGGUUCGAUGUAUUCGAAAAACAUUUUGAUUUUUUAAUGCAAACUUAUAUCGAUACGUUGAACAAAACGUUGAAAUUUGGACAAUGUUAUUUGUAUUCGUUGGAAGAAUUGUAUCGUGAUAUGGAGAAUCUACCUGCAACUGUCAUCAUGAACCUAUGUAGUCGUUUGCCUCAAUUGUUACACGGGUAUGAAAAUUCAGGAGGAUAUGAAAUGUUUAUCAAAGAUGGUGAUUUUGACCAAGUGGGUUAUCACGAGCUUUUCUUCAAAAACGAGCUAUAUUUGAAAGUUUUGAAUCAAUGGAUUUCCUAUUAUCAUAAAAAAGCUAAAAAAGGACUUUCUUUGCCUCUCGAGAUGGAAAUCACCACCGAACUACUGAGUAAGAUUCUAAGCGGAGAUUCGUCGUCCAAAGCUGCCAUACUGGACUGGCACAUCAAAGAUGACAUAGCUCCAGGAAACAAUCACUCAUCGAUGCUCUCUCGUUUGAUGGUCGAAUACCAAAGAAAAGGUAAAAUAUUCAAAAAAUCGUUUAUCCUAAAAAUACCAUCGACUCAUCCCGUAUACACUAUCGGAGUCAGAUUCAAAAUGUACGAGAAAGAAUACCCUAUGUACACCGAAGUGCUCCAAGAAAUGUAUAAAAUCGAUGGCGAACACAUGGGCCCCAGAUUAUACUACACCGAUGAUAAAUACUCGCUGAUGAUGAAGGAUCUCUCUUUAUCCGGGUACAAAACAGCAGACCGCACCAAGCAACUGGAUUUCGACCACUGUUAUUUGGUUUUAAAGAAACUAGCCAAAUUUCACGGGCUAUCGGUAAAGUUGAAUCAGUGCUCAAAAAUAAACCCAGUUGUUAAAAGAAAGCUAUGGAUAGACACCACUGAACUGAACGAAGAAGACAAAGAAUACCCUAGAGAUUGUUGUGAACAAUUGGCAAAAAUUGUACUUCCUAAAUUCGGUCUUAAUGAAAAAUUUCACCAAAUCAAAAACCACAUAUUCGACAUGUGUUGCCAAGAAUUAACUUCAGAUCGAUUCACGUUCAAUGUUUUGAAUCACGGAGAUUUAUGGUUGGGAAACACGUUAUUCAAAUACGACAGGUAUGGUGAUGUGAUGAAAGUCAAGUUAAUCGAUUUCCAGUUCUCAUCCUGGUCAUCUCCAAUAUUCGAUAUAUUGGGUUUCACUAUCUGUAGUAUGCGGUUCGAUGUAUUCGAGAAACAUUUUGAUUUUUUAAUGGAAACUUACAUUAAUACGUUGAACAAAACGUUGAAAUUUGUAUUCGUUGGAAGAAUUGUAUCGUGAUAUGGAAAAUCUACCAGCUACUGUGAUAAUGAACCUGUGCAGUCGUUUGCCUCAAUUGUUACACGGAUAUGAAAAUCCAAAAGUGUAUGAAAUGUUUGUCAAAGAUGGUAAUUUUGACCAUGCCGCUUAUCACGAGAUAUUCUUCGAAAAUGAACAUUAUGUGAAAGUUUUGAAUCAAUGGAUUUCCUACUAUCAUAAAAAAGGUUUGUUCAAUUGGGAUUGACGAGGCAUCUCUAUACAGAACGUUGAAGAAAAUGGGUCAAUCCAUACGUUGCGUUGGCGAAUUACCAGUACAGUAUUUUUCUUCCAGAAAUAAUUUAGCAAAAUCAUUUAAAAUUUUUAAUUAACGUUUGUACUUAUGAAUAGAGUCAAUUUGUUUAGA